AUGACUUCUCCUGGUUCAGGAUACUCGGAUGAGCCGCAGCAAAGAGGCGUCCCGGGUGUUGUCGGUACGGACUAUAUCCCCACAGAUGAAGAGAGGAAUGUGUUCAGAGAGUGUAACCAGGAGAGCUUCUGGUAUAGGUCCGUGCCCUUUUCUGUGAUCAGUAUGGCCAUCACCCAAGCCCUUGUUGCAAGAGGAGCCUUGUCUGCGUCACCAAGGUUUGGCUCUCUUCCAAAAGUUGCCUUUGCUGGUUUCUGUGGCUACUUGGCUGGAAAAAUGUCUUACAUGAAAACCUGCCAAGAAAAAUUCAAAAGGUUGGAAAAUUCACCAUUGGGUGAGGCACUACGACAACGAUCAGGACUACCAUUACAAUAUUCUAAGGGGCCCCAGUCAGAGAUGGGUGAUACAGACUCUUCAAUGACUUCAUCUGAUGCCAUGUUCCAGUCAGAUUCACAAAUUCAGAACACAGACAAUGGAUAUGGGUACAGGCCAGUCCCUACUAUGCAAGAGAAGCAAGAAGAAGACCUCAGCACUUCAGGUCUGUCAUAUUUGGAUGAUGAGGACCUGAGACAGAAGCCCAUCUUGUAUGAGGAUUUAAGACUUAAGAACCGAGAGAACUAUGAAGUCACACUCACGCAGAAGGCAGAGACGCUCAUGAAACCAACACCAAAAAGGGAAUCAGAAAGGCCUCAAAGAGAAGCCAAGAAGAAUGUUUAUGGUGAUGCGUGGGACGAAUGA